CACUCCUGCCUUAUCAGCACCUCAUCCCAUGCAUCCACCCUUCAUAUCUCUAGACGACCGGUUCUCCAUCUUCCACAUCGUAAUUCAUCGUGUAGCGCUUGACACAAAAUGUCUGACUUUGCAGACGGCAUCGCACCGCAGCGAUAUCAAUGCCGGCGCCGACCAGCCUACUGUGGCGGCGAUAGGCGACAACCCGCAAGCGUAUCAUCAACACCAGCUCACCCUCGCGAACACUGGAGUCUUGAUGAGGGCCGGUGGAAGACGAGUGGCAACCACUACGAGCCACGCAAAUUCCCUGAAACACGGACGGCGCACGACCCAAAUUUGUUCAUCGAGUUCAAACGGCUUGUAGACCGUGGCUGGGAUGCCCUCACUUCCAAAGGUAGCCGAGCGCUCGGCAAUACGCACCGUAGAUGCGGAGGAAUCUCCGAGCAGCGAUGGCUGGGCCGGGGCAGUGGUCCCGAUUCAAUCAUACAACCCACAACGCGCGAAGAAGCCGUAGAGGCUACCUCGUUACUUCUCCGACUAGCGGAAUCGCGAACACUGGACGUCCCGCCCAGCAAGCUGCAGGCACUCUUCCACGACAGCGAGAGCACACCGAACUCACAUUUGGCAUCAAACCGCGAUGCCAUGCUCGCCUUUGGCGGCGCAUGUUACUUUCUGCCUGAGAUUGGCGACAGGCUGCCUUCAUCCGCUGAUCUAUGCCGACCGAGCAAUUCCAACCCGCAAUGGCUCACUAUCGAUUGGUUCAAGAGGAGUCCAUACUCUCCUCUGCAAGCCGAAUUGGAAGCAGCGCUACCGGGGCUACCUUGGAACCCCAGCUGGCGUGCCGCAUUUGAGGAUCUGGUCACCGUCUCCAUGGGUCGUCCCAUGCCCUCCGAGGAGUCUUUGAGCCGCCCAUACGGGACGGAACCCGGGAGACUGCAACCCGGCAUUGACUGGGUCAUCAACCUUCAAGUGCAGGGCAUCCUGCCACCCUUGCUGCCAUCAUUGUAUUCGUCCGCCUUGACACGUGCGAGCCGCGACCAGGGCUUUCACAAGAUCGUCGACGAAAUUUGGAAAUCGGAUCGAGCCUACCCGGCGUUGAUGGCUUGCUGGAGAGAAUUCAAGUCAGACUACCGGCCUCUAUCGAACUCUGAUAUUGACAUCGCUCCUGCAUCUCCAGCAGGCGUUCAAGUCUCGGCUGAUAGACUUGCUGAGGAGCGCACUCAGGGACCGCAACCGGGUAUUCAGUCGACCGUCAAAGUCGUCAAAACUUCACGAACGGCGGACGGCGAGGUCACUACUACUACAGUGGUGAGGCAUUGCUACGAAGACGGGACGGACGAAGAGCUUGAGAGUGUUCAUACGUUCAAUGAGUCAGAUGUGCCGAUCGGGAAGUCCUAGCCCAGCCAAAGAGCAAGCCGGUCCGCGAUGGCUAUGUCAAGAGAGCCAGAGUGCAAAAGGAAAACAAUCGAAUGGCGGUAUCGCUCCAUGAUUUGAAUGUGCGUGUGCUGUCCUCAGAGAAGAGCCUUGUUCGUUCCAUUGCAAAGCAGUUGAAGUGUAA